GGGGCGCCGGGCGGGGGCUGAGGCUGGGCCUGCGGCCUGCCAGCGGCGGCGCGGGGACGGCGGCGGCGGGCCCGGGCCUGAGGCGCCGCGGGGAGCCAGGGUAUGCUAUGACUGGCUUCAGACUCCCCGUCACUGCUUUUAGAAAACUGAAUGUCUGGUUUGGACUGUGGGAGAAAUUCCCCUCUAAUAAACUGUUUCCCUCUUGGAGAAAAAACAUAUCCUGCAGCUGUCAAGCAAGCACAGUAGACUACAGAAGGUAUUUCAGCUUUUCCCCAGUAAAACGAUGUGCAUUAAGACUUUCUCCAGAGUAUAUCUCAGUACUGUCUCUGCGUAACAAAAGUAGCAAAAGUUCUAAAAGGAACAGACAAACUGUACAAGAAGAGGAGGAAGAGGAGGAAGAUGAAGAAGAGAGUGACUUGGAGGAUACAUUUGAAAAUGACCCCAGUGUAGUAAAAGAUUACAAAGAUCUUGAAAAAGUAGUGCAGUCUCUUCGAUAUGAUGUGAUCAUGAAAGCUGGCCUAGACGUUGCAAGAAAUAAAGUAGAAGAUGCUUUCUACAAUAAUGAACUCAGGCUGAACGGAGAAAAACUGUGGAAGAAAAGUAGAACUGUGAAAAUUGGUGACACGCUGGAUCUCUUAGUAGGUGAAGAUAAGCAAACAGGAACCGCUGUAGUUAUGCGAGUAGUCUUAAAAAAAGUAUCUGACAAGACUGAAAGCGAAAAAUACAAAGUAAUUUUGAGGCGUUGGAAGAACUUAAAGGUGCCCAAACAGGAUGUACUGAAGUAACAGGGAGUUGCAUGUGGCAGCAUGGGCUUUUCUGCAGAAAACCGUAUCAUUUGUUGUUUAAAUACAAAUUUUGGUUAAACAAAAUGAUAGUGCCCUUUUUUAAGGGCUUGCCUUAGAAUGUUAGCUCCUUAUGCUGUGUGCAUCAGUAUUGCUGCAAUAAAAACCUGACACUUUUUGCUGUUAGUCUUGUUUCAUUAUAUGGGGGAAUAAAACACCCAGCCCUUUUAUUUCCAGGCAGCUUCUUUACAGAUGUUAUAAAUAAUGAAUCAAUAAAGACUAAUUUGAUCACUGCUUAA